AUGAGCCCCGUAGUUUGGUCAUUUUUUGUCACCUCCCUAUCGGGCUGUGAUGACAGUGGGAGAGCCAGUGACAGCGACCAGGCUGGGAGUCUGCUCGAUAAUUGGCAUGUCGGAGAGCGACAGAGAGUUGCAUCGACCCCUCUCAUAGGCCUUCACCCACUGUAUGGGCAUCCACCCCAUAUAUUGGCCUCCACCCACUGUAUCGGCAUCCACCCCAUAUAUUGUCCUCCACCCACUGUAUCAGCCUCCACCCACUGUAUCGGCAUCCACCCCAUAUAUUGUCCUCCACCCACUGUAUCAGCCUCCACCCACUGUAUCAGCCUCCACCCACUGUAUUGGCCUCCACCCACUGUAUCAGCCUCCACCCACUGUAUCAGCCUCCACCCACUGUAUCAGCCUCCACCCACUGUAUCAGCCUCCACCCACUGUAUUGGCCUCCACCCACUGUAUCAGCCUCCACCCACUGUAUCAGCCUCCACCCACUGUAUCAGCCUCCACCCACUGUAUUGGCCUCCACCCACUGUAUCAGCCUCCACCCACUGUAUCAGCCUCCACCCACUGUAUCAGCCUCCACCCAUUGUAUUGGCCUCCACCCACUGUAUCAGCCUCCACCCAGUGUAUCAGCCUCCACCCACUGUAUCAGCCUCCACCCACUGUAUCAGCCUCCGACCACUGUAUCAGCCUCCACCCACUGUAUCGGCAUCCACCCAAAAUAUUGUCCUCCACCCACUGCAUCAGCCUCCACCCACUGUAUCAGCCUCCACCCACUGUAUCGGCAUCCACCCACUGUAUCAGCCUCCACCCACUGUAUCAGCCUCCACCCACUGCAUCAGCCUCCACCCACUGUAUCAGCCUUCACCCACUGUAUCAGCCUCCACCCACUGUAUUGGCCUCCACCCACUGUAUCAGCAUCCACCCACUGUAUCAGCCUCCACCCACUGUAUCAGCCUCUACCCCAUAUAUUGGCCUCCACCCACUGUAUCGGCCUCCACCCACUGUAUUGGCCUCCACCCACUGUAUCGGCCUCCACCCACUGUAUUGGCCUCCACCCACUGUAUCGGCCUCCACCCACUGUAUCAGCCUCCACCCACUGUAUCGGCCUCCACCCACUGUAUCGGCAUCCACCCACUGUAUCAGCCUCCACCCACUGUAUCAGCAUCCACCCACUGUAUCAGCAUCCACCCACUGUAUCAGCCUUCACCCACUGUAUCAGCAUCCACCCACUGUAUCGGCAUCCACCCACUGUAUUGGCCUCCACCCACUGUAUUGGCCUCCACCCACUGUAUUGGCCUCCACCCACUGUAUCAGCCUUCACCCACUGUAUCAGCAUCCACCCACUGUAUCAGCAUCCACCCACUGUAUUGGCCUCCACCCACUGUAUUGGCCUCCACCCACUGUAUCGGCCUCCACCCACUGUAUCAGCCUCUACCAUAUAUAUUGGCAUCCACCCACUGUAUCGGCAUCCACCCACUGUAUCGGCCUCCACCCACUGUAUCAGCCUCUACCAUAUAUAUUGGCCUCCACCCACUGUAUCGGCCUCCACCCCAUAUAUCAGCCUCCACCCACUUUUUUGGCCUCCACCCACUGUAUCAGCCUCCACCCCAUAUAUUGGCCUCCACCCACUGUAUCAGCCUCCACCCACUGUAUCGGCAUCCACCCACUGUAUCAGCUUCCACCCACUGUAUCAGCCUCCACCCACUGUAUUGGCCUCCACCCAGUAUAUCAGCCUCCACCCACUGUAUCAGCCUCUACCAUAUAUAUUGGCCUCCACCCACUGUAUCAGCCUCCACCCACUGUAUCAGCCUCUACCCCAUAUAUUGGCCUCCACCCACUGUAUCGGCAUCCACCCACUGUAUUGGCCUCCACCCACUGUAUCAGCCUCCACCCACUGUAUCAGCCUCCACCCACUGUAUCAGCCUCCACCCACUGUAUCGGCAUCCACCCCAUAUAUUGGCCUCCACCCACUGUAUCAGCCUCCACCCACUGUAUCAGCCUCCAUCCACUGUAUCGGCAUCCACCCACUGUAUCAGCCUCCACCCACUGUAUCAGCCUCCACCCACUGUAUCGGCAUCCACCCCAUAUAUUGGCCUCCAACAAAUGUGUCCAUUUAUCGGCAUCCCCCAUGUUGCUAUGUAUCGGCAUCCAACCCUUUGA